ACAGCGGGUUCAAGAACAAAGAUAAGUACUGUGCCGAACGCAGCGUCGUUAGGGAGGCAGGGUUUGGCAGUCCCUUCGACAGCUUACUGACUCCUCUCCGGAGCCAGAGCAAGCGAGAAGAGGACGGAGAAAUCACGACGAGCAAAGAAAGGAAGGAAGAGACGAGACGACGAGAGAUCGGUCGGGGAGGAAGGGAGGAAGGAGGUGGGAGUUUGAAAUUCGGAGAGAGGUAGAGGUAGAGAAAGAGAGAGAGAGAGAGAGAGGGAGGACGAGUGGUUGGAUGGUAGUCACGAUGGCAGGAGAUAUUGAGGGAGCACUGCACAGUGCGGCGAGCAUCAGCGAUCAGAAGCAAAAGAUAGAUCAGUAUAAGCUCCUUCUGUCCUCCAUCAUCUGCACCAACAAUGUCGCCAACUCCAAAGCUUUCAUCGAUCACAUGGUGACAGAUGAGGUUCCACUUGUGGCAUCUCGUCAGCUUCUCCAAAUCUUUGCUCAAGAUCUGAAUAAGCUUGAGCCCGAAGCCCACAAAGAGAUAGCACAGUAUGCACUGGCUCAAAUACAGCCUCGUGUCGUAUCAUUUGAAGAGCAGGUGUCUAUCAUUCGAGAGGGUUUAGCGGAAUUAUACGAAAAUGAAGAACAGUGGUCGAAGGCCGCACAAAUGCUUAGUGGCAUCGAUUUGGAGUCGGGGAUUAGGAUGUUAGAUGAUACCUAUAAGCUGGAGAAAUGUGUAAAGAUUUCACUUUUAUAUUUGGAGGACGAUGAUGCCAUCAAUGCUGAAACUUACAUAAAGAAAGCAUCCUUUCUGGUGAACAAUUGCAAAGAUGAAGCACUUAACCUACAAUACAAGGUGUGCUAUGCACGAAUCCUAGACCUGAAGCGCAAGUUUCUUGAAGCUGCUCUUCGAUACUACGAACUUUCUCAACUUGAAAAGCGCGAAGUUGGAGGAAGGCGCAUAGAUGAGGACGAGUUGCAGCAAGCCCUCACUGCUGCUGUAACCUGCACCAUUCUUGCAGCCGCAGGGCCUCAACGAUCCAGAGUUUUGGCAACUCUUUACAAGGAUGAAAGAUGUUCUAAGCUGAAGAUAUACCCCAUCUUGCAGAAGGUCUAUUUGGAGAGAAUAUUGAGGAAGCCUGAAGUGGAUGCUUUCUCAGAGGAGCUUAAACCGCAUCAGAAAGCACUACUACCUGAUAACUCCACUGUACUGGAUCGUGCCAUGAUAGAGCACAAUCUUCUUAGUGCAAGUAAACUUUACACAAAUAUAAGCUUCGAAGAACUAGGUGCCUUGUUAGGUAUCGGACCCCAAAAGGCGGAGAAGAUCGCAGCGCGUAUGAUUUCCGAAGAUCGCAUGCGCGGCUCUAUUGAUCAAGUGGAAGGCGUCAUUCACUUCGAAAAUGACAUAGAGGAGCUUCAGCAGUGGGAUCAACAGAUUGUGAGCAUAUGCCAAGCGUUGAAUGACGUAUUGGACAGCAUGGUAAAGAAGGGAAUGCCCGUGGCUGUGUAAUACGUAUUGAGGUUGCGUCGACCUUAGUUGUGAAUAGACAACUUACAAUUUUGCUAGGGUAUUUAAACAGUCAAAGCUUCAUCAUUAGGGGCUUCAUCCGUGUGGGAUGUGUACUAUAUCACAUGUUGUGAGGUGAUGUAUCACAGGUUGAGUUUUGACCUGUCUCAUACACAGGCAUUGCUAUUGACAUUAUGUUAAAACAUUGGUUGGUGUGAUCAGUAGUUUGUAACAUGACUAACGUGGUGACUAGUUUUCACCGUAGAUAUCUUGAU